AGCCUUGUGGAGAGAAAUCUACCACCGCUCUCCCUCUUCCUCCCGGCCUGCACACGCACAAGCAGCGAGCCUUCCUCCUCCAGUCCUCAUCUUUCUGCCAUGAAGCCCCCUCACUUCACCGGGGAGGCCGCCGCCGGCGCCUCCUGGGCUCACGAGGUCAAGCAGGCCCUUCGUGACAAGCUCCGGUGGACACCCGCCGCGGGCACCACGGGCACCGGCGGCCACGGCGCCGCGAGGCCGCCGGCGGACUCCUCGGCUGUGACCGCCGAGCCGGUGGCGCAGCCGGCCCACGGCGCCGACUGCCGGGGCUUGGCCGCCGCCGAGGACCCCAUCAGGAGGGUCAUGUUCUUGGCCCCCUGGGGCCACACAUAAACGGAAAAAGCAAGUGCACGCGCGCACGGCCAUGCCUUGGCCGGAUCUGCAACUGCACCUCAACAAAAAUAUGGACUACUACGUACAUAUAUAUAUGUGGCCGUAUGGACCAUGAACUGAACAUGAACUCAUCAAGGACCAAUUAAAAACUGGGACUAGAUCGGGAGAAGAAGAAGAUGUGGUGCUUGAGUUAUUUGUUCAUUCAUGUUUCUCUUGGGAGAGAUGCAUGCAUGCAUGCAUGCAUGGGGAGAUCUCGCCCUGACGGGUUCGUGCAUAACGGCGUUGAUGGGCGCAAGAGCUGCAGCUUUGUUGUAGCCAUGAACCUGUUUUUCGUUUCUCUCCAGAAAUUCUGUACCAAGAGCCUGUGAAAAGCUAUGUGUGUAUGAGACUAUGAGCUAGUAAAAAGAACUGUUCCUCCUUUC